AUGGGCCGAACAAAACCGACUUGGGUUUUGGGAAACAAUAUAAAAGAGCAGAGGGAUUCAGUCUUUGUCCUUGUGAAGAAAAAAGAAGAAAAAGAAACCGACCUUUCUCUGUCUCACAUGAUUGGCCGGAAAAUCCGAUGCGCCGGAAAGAGCAAAUCUUCCGACUACGAGGAGUUCAAGAUGAGCAUUAGGGUAGCAAGGAGGUUGAGGAGGGUAAGGAGAGCAAGGAAAGCACGGAACGGCUGGAUGUUUGGUCGGAAGAUCAGGACCGGGAGACAGUUUAUUCGACCUAUAUUCCUAGAUUGCGAGACAUCAGAACCAAAGAUCGUCACCUUCGUUGACAAAAAUGGUGUUGAACAAACAUGGAGAAUGUACAAUAGUUCAUAUCCACGUCCAAAGCCCAAAGUUGUUAAACCUCCCGAACCGGGAUAUGGAAUUUCUUUUGAUCUCUGUGCUUUGUAUGAAAUCGGGUUUCCAUUUUCGGAUGAAAGAUUAGAUGUGUUUUAUUUUCUACUUUUUAGUUCUUGCGAGUUGCAAGUAGAGUGUAUUGAACUGGCUUAG